CAGUACGUGGGUGACGAGUGUGUGGGCGGGGCUAGCAGCUCCUCAUGUCACAUAAAUGGGCGGUGCUCCCAGUCAGCGUAGGCUCAAAUAUGCGAGCAGAGAGUCUCUGGUGCAAAAACAGAUAUUAGCGGGUCACUUUGACGGACUUUUCUUUUCCUACAUCCUUCAAAGGAUUUCGCUUGUUUUGCAGACAUGGAUGAACGGUUUUUUGCACAUAUAUACAGCGGACUCCAAUGACAGAGGCUGGGUUUCUGUUCUCAAAGGCAUUACUUCCAUUGGAAAAGGCUAGCUUUUAAAACAGCCAUGAAACUGCCAGGUGAAGAGGAGAAUCAGCGUCUGGGAACUCUGUUGCUCAACACGCUGGACAGAGAAAUGCGGCUGUGGAGAGCUCCGGUGCUCAAGAACGGCUGCAUUCAGGGUUCGGACAUCAGCCCCUCUCAGUAUCAUGAGGUGAUCCUGUGGUUGCGUGAAAUGAACGUCAUUUUCCAGUUUUCCACAGAGACGCUCGCAUUGGGAGUCUGUGUUCUUAACAGCCUCCUCGCAACAGUCAAGACUCAGUUGAAAUAUCUCAAAUGCAUGGCCAUCACUUCUCUGAUUCUUGCAGCAAAAAUCAACGAGGAGGACGAGGUGAUUGCAUCGGUUAAAGACUUGCUGGAGCAAAGCAGAUGCAAAUUCUCCACCGCUGAGAUCCUGCGCAUGGAGCGAGUCAUCUUACACAAGCUGCACUGGGAGCUGUAUCUAGCAACGCCCAUGGAUUUCAUUCACAUCUUUCACGGCCUGCUGAUGUCCGGAUGUGUUGAUCAGACUCAGAAGAGGCUCUGCCUGCAGGCGGCGCUGUGGAGCAGGCAGCUGCAGCACUGUAUGGCCUGCCACCAGCUCUGGCAGUUCAAGGGCUCCAUAUUGGCUUUGGCCAUCAUCACUUUAGAGCUGGAGAGACUGACGCCGGACUGGUUCUCCGUUUUUACCGGCCUGCUGAGGAAAGCACAGAUUGAAAGCACAGAGUUGAUCUGCUGCAGGGAGACUGUGGACGAGUAUCUCUCCAGCCUUCGCUUCUCCAUCCCAACAAAUGCCGUCUAUAUUUUAGGCAGCGGCGUGCUGGUGUUAAGAGGACCUGAAGGAGAGCAGCGCAAACGGCAGGCCAGACGAGCACACACAGCGCAGGACAUGGACGAUUUCUAUGACGGAUUCUGCUGUCUGUAUGAUGAGCAGACUUCGGCCUGUCCUGCGCUCAUCUAGAACACACACAUAAUGCACUUUCCUGAUCCUUUAACUCAGCGGUUCCCAAUUCCAGUCCACAUUUUGCAUCUUUCUCACGUCACACGUCAGACUCAGACCAUCAGCUGUUUAACAGAAAGAUCCAUGAACAGAUACUUGUCAAACAAUAGAGCAGUGGUUUAAAACUCCAGUCCACAUUUUGUAUGUCUCGCUGUUAUUUAAUGCAUGGGAAUCCGUUGGUGGAUCUUUCUGUUCAGAAGCUGUUAAGUGAGAAAGAUACAAAAUAUGGACUGGAUUUGGGAGCCACUGCUCUAACACAGCACUUUCCACACAUUACUAAUGUUUGCUUUUUAUAUUGUUUAUUUUUAUACUUUUUUAAAUAUUUUUCUAUCCUCAUAUGAGCUAUUCGGAUCUUUUUAUUUUUUUAUGAAGUCAAUUUCUUAAAGGAACGCUCCACUUUUUAAAAUUAUUUUCCUUACUCAAUUAAUUACUCCUUUACAUCCAAUGUCUUCCUGAACACAUCAGAUUCAGAUGAUCAGUUUUGCGGUUGCCAAUUCCGGUCCACAUUUUGUAUUUCUCUCUGUUAUGUGAUGGAUAAGAAUCAGUUCAUGGAUCUUUUUGUUGAGCAGCUGAUGAUCUGAGUCAGGUGUGUUAAGUGAGAGAGAUGCCAAAUGUGGACUGGAUUUGGGAGCCACUGAUCUAACGCAGCACUUUCCACACAUUACUAUUGUUUUUUUGUUUGUUUGUUUUUUUAUUUAGUUUAUUUUUAUACUUUUUACUAUAUUUUAUACUUUUUUCAUAUUUAUUUUUUUGCUUUUUUUAUUAUUUGUCCAUCCUCAUAUGAGUUAUUGGGAAGUCCAACAUUUUGUUCAUGGUUUUUCAAGGUACUUUAACCAGAUCUUUUGAUUUAACUGGUUAAUCUUUUUUUAUUAAGUCCGUUUCCUAAAGGAAAACUCCACUUUUUUUAUUUUUUUUUAAAUGACAUUUUCCUUAGUCAAUUAAUUUCUUAAUUACUCCAUGACAUCCUAUGUCUGUCUUAACACACCUGAUUCAGAUCAUCAGCUCCUCAACAGAAAGAUCCAUGAGCUGAUACUUGUGUAUUGAGUAAUAGAGGCAGAGCAGUGGUUUCCUAUUCCAGUCCACAUUUUGUAUGUGUCUCUGUUAUUUGAUGCAUAAGAAUCAGUUCAUGGAUCUUUUCUAAUGAGCUGAUGAUCUGAGUCAGGUGUGCUAAGUGAGACACAAAACGUGGACUGGAAUUGUGAGACUGCUCUAACGCAGCACUUUCAACACAUUACUGAUGUUUAUUUUUUUGUUUGUCUUUUUUUAUAUAGUUUAUUUUUAUAAUUUUAUAUUUUUGUAUCCUCAUAUGCGCUACUCAUAGGAACAAACAUGUUUUACAUACUUUUUCAAGGUGCUUUAACAGAUCUUUUGAUGUAACUGGUUAAUCUUGUUAUUUUAAGCCAAUAUCUCAAAGGAACUGUUUUUUAUUACAUUUUCCUCAGUAUAUUCUUUACUUAAUUCCUUAAUUAUUAAAUUACUUUGUCUUCCUUAACACCCCUGAUCAUCAGCAGAAAGAUCCAUGAACUGAUACUUGUUAAAUAACAGAGCAACAUACAAAAUGUGGACUGGAUUUGGGAGCCACUGCUCUAAAGCUGCACUUUCCACACAUUACUGAUGUUUUUCUGAUAUUUGUUUGUUUUUAUAUGGUUUAUUUUUUUAUACUUUUAUAUUUUUGUAUCCUCAAAUGAGCUAUUUGGAAGUAUAAUUUCUACAUAAUUCUUUUUUUCACGGUGCUUUUAUGGAAAUCUUUUGAUUUAACUGGUUAAUCUUUUUGAAUCGCGUCGAUUUGUUAAAGGAACACUCCACCUUUUUAUUUUUAAAUAGUUAACAGUUAUGUCUUGCCAUUUUUUUUUUUAAAUCCGUUCAGUCGAUCUCAGUGCCUGGCAGAGCACUUUUAGCGUAGCUUAGCAUAGAUCAUUGUAUCUGAUUAGACCAUUAGCAUCUCAUAGAUUAUUAAAAGAAGUUUUGAUAAAGCUUGACUUAUUUUUUUUUUUUUUGAGGUGUACAGUUGAGUCUUACUAUUUAUUAAAGGAAAAUAAGUCAAGCUUUAUCAGAACAUAUUUUUUAUCAAGUGAGAUGCUAAUGGUCUAAUCCACUUCAAUGAUCCAUGCUAUGCUAACCUAAAAGUGCUUCUGCCAAACCCUGAGAUCAACUGAAUGGAUUAAAAAGGGUAAGACUCAACUGUAUACUUCUAAAUCAUUCAAUCGUUCUCGGAGCCUGGCAGAGCACUUUUAGCUUAGCUUAGCAUAGAUCAUUGAAUCUGAUUAGACCAUUAGCAUCUCAUAGAUUAUUAAAAAAAGUUUUGAUAAAGCUUGACUUAUUUUUUUUAGAGGUGUACAGUUUAGUCUUACCAAUUUUUAAAGGAAAAUGAGUCAAGCUUUAUCAGAACUUUUUAUUAAGUGAGAUGCUAAUGGUCUAAUCCACUUUAAUGAUCCAUGCUAUGCUAACCUAAAAGUGCUUCUGCCAAACCCUGAGAUCAACUGAAUGGAUUAAAAAGGGUAAGACUCAACUGUAUACUUCUAAUCCAUUCAAUCAUAAUCGGAGCCUGGCGGAAGCACUUUUAGCUUAGCUUAGCAUAGAUCAUUGAAUUGGAUUAGACCAUUAGCAUUUCACUGGAUUAAAAAAAAAAAGUUUCGAUAAAGCUCGACUCUUCUGUAGUUACAUUGUGUACUAAGACUGACAGAAAAUGUUCUGUUCUCUAGGCUGAUAUGGCUGUGAACUCUACUGUCAUUCUGGUGUAAUAAUGAGACUUGUUGCCAUACCACACCUUGAGCAGAUGUGAUGAUAUUAUAACACAUUGUAAUAUAGUCCCUUUAGUUGGGGACUUCUUUUAGGCAUUGCGUAAUAUCAUUACGCAUGGUAUGGCAGCAAAUUUCCUUGAUUAUUACGUUGGAAUGAAAACGUAUUUAUUUUAGAGCGAGAUGCUAAUGGUCUAAUCUGACUCAAUGAUUUAUGCUAAGCUAAGCUAAUAGUGCUCACGCCACAACCAGAGAUCGACUGAAUAGACUAAAAUGUUAAAACUCAUGUUUUCCUCCAGGAGAGCUGUAAAACAAUUUCCCCCAAAAAGUGGAUUGUUCUUUCAGUGAGUUUCCCCAAAAGUGUUUUGUUUUGUUGAACGCAAAGGAAGAUAUUCUGAAGAAUGUUGGAAAAGGCAGCCUUUGACAUUCAUAGUAGGAACAAAAAUGCUAUGGAAGUCAAUGGUUACCGAUUUUCUACAUUCUUCAAAAUAUCUUUCUUUGUGUUCAACAGAAAUUGAACUAUUAUAAGUGCUUCCACAGUGACAGGAUUGUUAUAUUUAGGUGAGCUGUCUCUGUAAUGGAGUUAUGCUAUAUAGUAUUAUGCAGUUGUCAGGUUUUUGAUGCUUGACACAAUUUAUUUUUUUAUAUUUUGUGUUUCUGAUUAAUGUGAAGAAGAAAUAACAUUUGUUAAGCUAGUAUGCAGUUUUUUUUUUGUCCUGAUUUCAACUAAAAAUGGACCCUUAGAAGGCAGCUACAGGUAUUAAACUCCUCUGAAAUGAAACUAAUAGGAGUUUUCUGUUCUGAAUGGGAGCCUGCAUUUAUUUUGUACAAACAGGAGAUUCUUUUGUUCUAUGCAAUAAAAAAAAACCUGUAUUUUGA